AAACAAACAAACAAACAAAAAAAAAAACUGGAAAUUAAGCCGAAGAACCUUACUCAGUCAAAAUGGAACGGUUUGUAGUAACAGCCCCACCUGCCCGAAAUCGUUCUAAGACUACUUUGUAUGUGACCCCUCUGGAUCGAGUCACUGAAUUUGGAGGUGAGCUUCAUGAAGAUGGAGGGAAACUCUUCUGCACUUCUUGCAAUGUGGUUCUGAAUCAUGUUCGCAAGUCUGCCAUCCGUGACCACCUUAAGUCAAAGACUCACACCAAGAGGAAGGCAGAAUUUGAAGAGCAAAAUGUGAGAAAGAAGCAGAGGCCCCUAACUGCAUCUCUCCAGUGCAACAGUACUGCACAGACAGAGAAAGUCAGUGUCAUCCAGGACUUUGUGAAGAUGUGCCUGGAAGCCAACAUCCCCCUGGAGAAGGCUGAUCAGCCAGCAGUCCAAGCAUUCCUGUCUCGACAUGUGAAGAACGGAGGAUCCAUACCUAAGUCAGACCAGCUGAGGAGAGCCUAUCUGCCUGAUGGAUAUGAGAAUGAAAAUCAACUCCUCAACUCACAAGAUUGUUGACAAGGCAGUUCUGACCAUUGUGAUCAAGAUAAAUAAUGUGGAGUAUUAAAGUUAAUGUGUUGAUUGUGUGGUUCAUUUUUAUAUUUAUUUCAUUAAAAUCAUGUGAUACAGAAUAGUUUUGCAAUGUGUAUAUAGUUGCAGGCAAAAGAAAAAAAAAACCUCACUGCAAAACGUAUUGCUAAUUUUAGUCACCGA